GUGAACGGCCUUUUGAAUGCAACUGGCAAGGAUGUAACAAGAAGUUUGCUCGCUCCGAUGAGCUGGCCCGCCAUUACCGUACUCACACUGGAGAAAAGAAGUUCAGCUGUCCUCUCUGUGAGAAACGCUUCAUGCGCAGUGACCACCUGACAAAGCAUGCCCGUCGCCAUGCCAAUUUCCACCCAAGCAUGCUCAAGAGGCGAAGUGGAAGCAGCUCAAGAACAGGGUCUGUCAGUGACUACAGCCGCUCAGAUGCCUCAAGUCCGACGAUUAGCCCCGCCAGUUCACCAUAG